AUGUCCUUGCCUGGAGGCUUGGUCGAAACCUCUCCCAAGUCUGAACGGGGCGGAUCGUUCCAUCGUGCCACAGGCGUCUUCCGACGAAGGUCACAUAACAAAAAGAAGGGCGAUGCCGAUCUCCACAAUGGACUAGGCACAACAGAGUGCAUGGGACCGCUAGAAGCCCCUGGACUAUCAAGAAUAGCUAGCGGUGUUCUGGAGGAAGAAAUAGAAGUACAGUCCCUGGAUCGUACGCAGUCUAACGCAGAAAAUGACAUUACAGUGAAGCCAAUGGAGGUCAACUACAUGAGUAGUGCAAGCGACGACACGUUGUCGAGGAAAGUUCGGGACUCAAGGACGGAUUCUCUAAGCAGCAAGAGCCCGAACUUUACUCGCAAGAGGAACAAGAAUAUCAAGAACGCCAUGAAGAGGAUCAGCGUCAAUUUCGAUAAAAACCGAAAAGAUUCUGCUAGUAGCGUGGUGAUCGAUUCUAGCUCGCUCGAAGACUUUGUCCCGGCAGGCGAUUUGCAGCAUACAACGUCUAACACCGGCAGCGUGUCGUCAACUGUUAAUAAGGAGUCUAGGGUAAAUCCUAGCAUCGCCCCUUCAAAUCUGGUGGAGAGCAUUGAUAGCAAGAGGAAAUGCGCGAGACGAGGGUCAAACGCAGGAGCCAGACUCUCUCAUACACCCACGCGCGCUGUCAACUUGAUCGCCCCGUCUACCGCGGCGUCGCUUGCGAUGACUAUGACCGACACUAAACAGAACGAAGAUAUGCCCGAGUUCACACCCAUUUGGGCAGUCGCGGAUGGGUACAAGGUUCGAGCCACAAUCCUUGAGGCUAAGGAUCUACCUGCCUGGCCUUCCGGACACAAGCCGCGCGUGUCAGUGUCCGUAUCAAGUAAUUUGGAUGGCAAGAACUAUGAGAAGAAAAUCAAGACCAAACACGUCGGCGAAAGCUCCAGUCACGGCAGCGGUAGCAGCACAGUGCCCAAAUGGAACGAAACCGUUGAGUUUGAUCAUGUCCGAGAUAUCAAUGACAAUAUGACAUUCAAGGUGUACGUCACAACAUCCGCCGCGGGAGUUGUGGUGGACCAUAAAAUCGGACAGAUCAGUUUCCCGGUCAGAUUCGUGCCCAAGGUAGAUGCAGUCCCAGAAGACAGUGAAAUAGAUCAGAUUGCUAGAGGACCGGCAAUCGUUGCACACGAGAAGAACAACACCAUCGAUGCGGCAUCCCUAAGAAUGGUCCGACCAGACUCAAAAACACCCGUCAAGCUUUGGCUCAAGCUAACCAAGCCUGGUACCUUGCCCAUGAGAUUGAAAACCAAGGGCUACAAAGAAGGCUGGAUCUGUGUUGUGUUAUGCCUGAUUCCUGCACCUAUGGACGACGAUUCAGGACCGAACCUCUGCGGCGAGGAUGAGGGAGAUGCGGCUGGAUUGGAAGCGCCAGCUGAGAUCGAUCUGCCCGAGCCAUACGAUAACAUACACGUAGUCCAAGACUUCCCCUGCAGUCUCACCAAACUCAACCGAUUGAUCUUCGAUCACGAUUCGGCGCUUGUUGCUGCUCUGCAAACACAGCGCAACUACACGGAAGUCACCCACAGCCCCUGGGCACCCAUCGAGGAAGGCUCUAAUAUUGAGAAGAAGACCAAUGAGUACAUCAUGCCUGCCUCCUCGCUGGUCAAGGCUAAUCGCGUGACCGAGACGUAUACGCGCACACGCCCAGCCAAUGGUGUGAUUCUAGUGGACUGCGAAGUGUCAACCCCAGAAGUACCAAUGGGUGACAAGUUCAAAUAUAAG